AUGCCUACCAUUACUAUGCCUGGUGCUCUUCUGGCGCUCAGUGCCCCUUCUCAUAUAGAAGAGGGAGAUUCUUUGGUGGACGCUGUAGGACACCCUGAAGCUGGCAAUAUUCCUUGGUGUUGGCCUGUAUGGCAACAGCGCACUAUGCUUAGUUCAACUCCCUUAUCAGUAACUGUCAACGAGGACACUCCUGAUGCUUGGAAAUCCCCUGAGGUCAAUCAGGCAGUCUUGACAUUCGCCAACAAUUUCUGGGCUGUUGAUGAUGCCGCCCAAGUGGGUUAUAUCAAAAAAGAUUGCACUGAUAAUGACAACAAAGGUCGACAACAUUGGCUGAACUAUUGCCAUGCUAAUUGGUCAAACUGGAAAAUAAACAGUACCGUUGACAAGGUACUGGCUGAACGUGGCCUGGACCCAUAUUCAGUUAUGAAGCGUCUCAAGGUGGCCAGUCUACCAGAUCUUGCUACCUCACAGGUUGCACUUGCCUACUCUAGCCUUGCAGAGGCGCUUUUUGGCCCUGAAUCUUUCACAGAGGAUGGUAUUGCACUUAAGGAGCCAGUUCGGCGCUUCCUGGAUGCCCUUGUGACCCAUCAUUGGGCAAAGAAUAGGAAAUCUAUUGGACGUGAAAGAGGACGACUCGGAAAGUUAAAGAUCAAAGUAGACCAGACAUGGAAAGAAUUCCAAUCAAUGACAGAGCAAAGCAAACGUCUGGACGCUGAAGGCAUUAGAACCUGGCUGAAGGAUGUGGAAGGACUUACUAAAAUCCUUACUCGAUAUGGUGAUCGCGAGUCAUUGAAGCAGCUUUCAGAGCAGCAAGAAACACUUAGCAACCUUCUUCAAGGCUUAGAGAUAGAUGUGAAGGAUGGAAACAAGUGCCGUCUACCUAAACCCCUACGUGAAGCACUUUCAUUCCUUGCGACUCAGCAAGAUAUAACUCUACUCACUGCGUCCAUCCAUGACCAGUUAAAACUUUGUGAUCCCAAUGCCACGCCAGCAGAACCAAUACCAGAGUUUGACCCUGAUGCCACCAGCCAUUGUGAUUACCAAUGGUCUGAAGGUGUGGAGGAAUAUAAUGGUAUGUCUCACGAGGACCUAUGGGCGAUCCUUGGACUUCCAGAAAAGCAAAUACCCUUCUUUAACCAUUUGCAAGACCCCUAUGGCAAUUGCGACCCUUGGUCUGAGGACGGUCAAACCUGGUUAAAAGAAAAUGGGGAACCUCUUGCUCUCCGCUGGCACCAGCUUGUUGGUCUUGUUAAAAUGGUCAAGAAUGCGUUUUGUGGAAUGCCUGUCCUGCUCAUGGACGAAGUGGGCUUAGGUAAAAUAGCUGGGACGCAGUGGAGAAGCAACACUCCAAACAUUCCAAAUCUUCCUGUGAUGCUGGUUAUCCCAGCAAAUCUUGUACCCCAGUUUACUUCGGAGUUGCACCGAUUUCUUCAACGGGGCGCCUUUGAUGUUCUACCCUAUCUGGCCACCUGGAGCAGUCGGAGAACCUGGUGGGAAGACAUAUGGAGCAGGUCAAAGCAGCCUGAAGGGCGGCGGAUAAUCAUCACUACUCCCAAGGCUUUAGAAUCUGACUGCGACCGCAUUUUCGAGGCAAAUAAUCUUACCCCAACAAAACAUCCACGACAGAAGACCAAUUAUACCAUUGAUGCACCCAGCACAGCUUAUGGGCGAGAUUUCUUAUUGGGCGUGGUGGAUGAGGCCCAUAACUACAGAAAUAUCAAAAAGGGUUACUGGGCAAUAUUUUGCCUUCGCUUGCUGUGUCAUGCCAUGGUGGCUAUGACGGCCACACCAAUCACCUCUCGACCUCUUGACGUAUGGAACAUUGGAAGAUGCCUGGGUCUAGAGCUCUUUGGCAGCUCAUAUGAUGAUGAGGCCUUAAAAAUGGUCCGUCAACUGCGUGCUGCUGCUGCCAAGGAUCGCAAGCGCUUUAAACAAGGCGACCGCAUUGCCAAGAUAAUCAUGGGAACGGUAAAGGGCGAUGCUGACAUUGAGGUUCCUAGUCUGUACCGUAGUCAGAUGCUGACUUGGAUUGGCAUCAUCCGAGAGAGAUUUUCAGGCAUCGUUAUACGGCGCACUAUUUGGUCUGUUGACUAUCGUGGCACCAGGAUCUCAGGCUUGGCUCCAUUUCAAGAGCAUAAUUUGCUUGUGAAGCUGUACAGCCAUGAGGUGGACAAUCUUGAGCGUAUUGCCAAGGAUUUGGUUGAGGAAGGUGGUGUUAGAGCAGCAAAGUUUGCUUCUGGCUCGGAUUUCUACAUGCGCGUCCGCAAAGCUUUAUUGCACCCUAGCUGCAACCCAGGAUAUCCAUGGGCAAAUCCCUCCAAUUUGGAUGAGUGGAAAAAGGACCCAUCUCGCAAACUUGAUGUUCUUGCUCAAGUAAUUGGUUGGCAUCAGGAGCAGGAUGGACGUCUUCCUCUGCACAUUGUGGAUGACAUACUAGUAGCAUCAUCUGCCAAUCCUGAUGUCACUGCUGACAUUGCCGACUCUCUGCCCUGCGAUAAAAUGAUUGUCUACUGUGCUUUCCCUUCUAGCUAUACACAGGUGCUCAAGGUUCUGGAACUUAAUGGCAUCCUGACUUUACAGAUCUAUGGCAAAUUGUCGAUGUCGACUAGAACUGAUAUCAUUGCGCAAUUCAAAAGAAGCGGGCGCAAUGGUCCUCGUGUUUUAAUAGUCUCCAAUGUUGGGCUAACAGGUCUCAAUUUACCUUGUGCCAACAUAUUGAUAAUUGUGGACUCCCUGUGGUCAGCCACUGAUGAAGGACAACUGAUUGGACGUAUCUAUCGUCCUCCACAACUGAAGACAGUCCACAUCUACCGAAUUGUGGCCGCUGACACUCAGGAUGUCUUUCUAAAUAACAUCUCCUUUAGCUCUUUGUUUAAUGACGAUGAGGAAGCAGAGGAAAUGGGCACCCUUUCUGAGAUUGAUGAUGUCCCUUCCAAGAAGGAGAAAACAAAGUCAAAGACGCCAAAAACAGGCUCCUCAAAAAAGAAAGAAGGCAAAGCUCAGAAAGCGAAGUCUCUGGCCCCUCCCAUUGAAAACUCACAGUUGAGUUCUUCAAAUACCCAGCAGCUCCAAGUUCAGAACAACUUGGCCCAAGCAGCGUCCCCCAGACAGAAGUCUCCUCCUGCUCCUAGCAUGACUGUGGAUGCUGAUAGGGGGGAUAGUAUUACGCAGUUGGAAGCUCGGAAUACUCAGGAGCUCCAAGUCCAGAAUAACUUAAGCCAAGCAGCGCCUGCUCCCAGCAUGAUUGUAGAUACCAAGACAGGAGAUAUUGCACAGUCAGAAGCUCAGGUUAAUGAUAGCGCAGAAGAAGAAUUUCAAGCUAAUGCUAUGCAAGACAAUGCAUCUCAGGGAUGCCAAGACUCCACAAUAAUUCUACCUCUUAAGCGUACAGCUGAUUCUAGUCUGGAGAAUCAAGUAUCAAAAGUGCAAAAAUUGGCAUCCAGAGAUGAUCAUCAUGACGUUUCCACAUUCCUUGCAGAUAUGCAGCAGCAAGGCAUAGGAAUUGAACGAUUAUGUGCUUUCAUUAAAUCCAUUCCAAAUUCAUCCUCCCAGAAUCCAGACCACCCAUUGGCGUCUUUUGUUCCAGGGUUGAACACAGCCACUGAACUUUCAACGCCUGCUCCCUUGAACCCUACCACUAGUAGCAGAAAGUAG